AUGAUCCGCGGAUCCCACAUGGAUAUUACCGUACUCGGCGCACUCCAGUGCUCGCAAUUCGGAGACUUGGCCAAUUGGAUGAUUCCCGUAAGCCAUUUUGCGUUUUUGCCUCCAAAAAUCGUCAAAAUGUGCGCUAUUUCGUCGAGCAAUAGCUUGAAAUGGUGUGUUCUGGUGCUGUGUGCCGAUCAGAAGAGUAAUCUGAAAACGGAAUCAGGAAAUGCAUUCAGUUUUUGGUGAUAAGCAAUUUGAUAAGACACAUGGAAGAUGUGUGAUGUUUUGGCGAGUACUUUGAGUCCGAAAUGACCUGUUGAUAAUGAUUAUACGAAAAAGUGGGAAUCAAGACACACAGAUCACUGAUUAAACACAUUUGCAGGGCAAACUGGUGAAAGGAAUGGGCGGCGCGAUGGACCUGGUGUCGGCGCCGGGCGCGCGUGUCAUCGUGGUGAUGGAGCACGUGUCGAAGGGCGGCGAGCCGAAGAUUCUGAGCAGUUGCGAUCUGCCGCUGACCGGAAAAGGAGUCAUCUCGCGCAUCAUCACCGACAUGGCCGUCUUCGAUGUGAACACGCAGCAAGGACUGACGCUCAUCGAAGUCCGAUCCGAUUUGAGCGUCGACGACAUCAAGAAGGCGACGGCGGCACCGUUCCGGGUCUCCGAACACUUGAAGCCCAUGGGUCAGGCUCCACUCAACCAGUAG